AUGAAUUUGAUUUGAAAAGGAUGACGAUUGAAUAACCCAUCUCAAUUGACCUUGCUGGCUAAACGGAAACUAUGGCAGCCCAGAGCAGAAGACCUAUCCGGAUAGCAGGAGCAUCUGGCUCUGCGUCCGACCGCCGUCAUGCGAUGGCCGAAUUCGCGCGGAAUUAUCCCAAGGAUCCGGUCGACGUUAUCAUAUCAGACUACAUGAGCGAAUACAACAUGGCUGUGGCUGCAGCCCGGCGGGUUGAUCAGAAAGCUGUGUCUUCCGCAGAAGCUGGCCUGAUCAACGUCUCCGGCGGUCCGGCAUAUGAACCUUCAUUCCUGGAGGCCCUCGAGCCAGCACUGGAAGAUCUGGCUAGAUAUAAAAUCAAGAUUGCGGUAAAUGCUGGCGUGACGGAUACGAAAGCUCUCUACGAUGUGGUUGCGGAAAUGGUUAGAGAAAAGGGACUUGAUCUAAAGGUUGCAUGGAUAUCCGGUGAUGAAGUCCUUCCCGCCGUGAAAGAAGCCCUGGCCUCUGGAAAAUCGACUUUUAAAAACAUCUACACCGGCGAGACGCUAGAUAAAUGGGAUUUCGAGCCUAUUUAUGCCCAGGGGUAUUUGGGCGGAAUGGGAAUCGCUGCUGCAUUUUCCAAGGGUGCUGAUAUCGUUCUCUGUGGUCGCGUUUCCGAUGCUUCUCCCGUCAUCGGUGCGGCGCUCUGGUGGCAUAAUUGGGCAAGGUCCGAUCUUGACAAGCUUGCAAAUGCCUUCGUAGCGGGCCAUCUUAUCGAGUGCAGCAAUUAUGUCUGUGGUGGUAACUUCACUGGCUUCAAGAGUUUGGAGAAUGCUGGAGGGGACGGCUGGACUAAUAUCGGCUAUCCUAUUGCUGAGAUCUCGUCCGAGGGCCAAGUUAUUAUCACGAAGCAAUCUUAUUCCACUGGUGGAGCCGUUACGAUUGAUACUUGCUCGUCCCAGUUGCUCUACGAGAUCCAAGGGCCGAUCUACUUCAACUCAGAUGUCACGGCUAUACUAUCCGAUAUCCACUUCGAGCAAGUAGGUCGCAACCGGGUCGCCGUCAAAGGCGUCAAGUCUGCCCUACCCCCGCCAACAACAAAGGUAGGCCUCACGGCCAGGGGAGGAUACCAAGCAGAGGUUAUCUACUUCAUGGUAGGACUAGAUAUCCCGGCCAAAGCGAGAAUGCUGGAGGCACAGAUUCGGCGACUCCUUGCCCCUUAUUCGAAGAACUUUACCGUUUUCAACUUCUCGGUCCUGGGUACUUGCCCAGACGAUCCUCAAGACCAGAACAGCGCGACGGCCACAUUCCGCGUCCUCGCACAGGCUCCCCGUGCUGAGGAUCUCGCACCGACGAAAUUCGUUCGCCAGAUCAUAGACAAUGUCAUGCAAGGCUAUCCCGGCGCUACAUUCCACCUCGAUCUCCGUCAAGGAUUCCCCAAGCCUGUCUUUGAAUACUAUGUCACUCUCCUUCCCCAGUCAGACGUGCAGCAUCAAGCGCAUCUUCCCUGGCUCAAUACUGUCCUCGACAUUGCACCUCCAUCGGAGGCAAAAGUCUGGCCCGCACAGCAGCCUACACAACCGGUAACGGGCCGGCUAGCCAACGUUCUCACGGAUUUUGGGCCAACGAUUCGGGCGCCGCUCGGCUCCAUAGUGCACGCACGUUCGGGCGACAAGGGUUCUGAUGCCAACUGUGGCUUCUGGGUCCGUCACGCCGACGAAUACACCUGGCUGCGAAGCCUCUUAUCUGUCGAUAAGGCGCGGGAGCUUCUCGGUAAGGAGUGGCGUGAAGACGGCACGAUGAGCAUCGAGCGCUUUGAAUUGCCGAAUCUGCGUGGUGUACAUUUCCUGUUUAGAAAUCUGCUAGAUCGCGGAGUUGGAAUCACUAGCACGGUAGACUUCUUGGGGAAGAACGUCGCGGAGUAUUUGAGGGCGAGAUGGGUGGAUAUACCGGUGAAAUUUUUGAACAGGGGGAAGUUGUGA